AUGGUGCUACGACGGCGGCCGACCUCGGUCGGGCGUUAUUCGCGCAGUAGGUAUGUGGAGAAUCCUAAAGCUAUCACGCUUCGGUCGGAACUUCGGCAGAAAACUUUCAACCGAAGCCAAACCGGUCGAGGCGACCACUGCCGACACCACCGAAGCGAGGUUUUGCGACUCAUCGUCGUGACGAUGGACAAAACAACCAUAAGCCGAGAUAUCCAAAGACAAAUUGAAUUUGAAAUAAUUGUAACUGUUGGACUCGCGUCUGAUUCAGCUCUAAGACGGGUGCAAGACAAGACGUAUCCGUUAAGUCAAAGUCGAAGCGAUACGAUUCCAAAGUGUUUUGUCGUCGUGGCAAUGCUCGCAUAG